AUGCAAGAUUUCAGUGUUAUGAUAAUUAUACCGAAUCUGGUAAUCCACUAUAGUGACGAAGCAUUAGCGGUAUUUAUGCUUCGUCAGACGCAAACUUAUAAGGAUUCAACAAUAAUACGUACACGCGAUCAACAAAAACUUGACGAGUGCGAUAUUGUGGUGGAUGUAGGUGGCGUUUAUGAUCCAGAAAAGAACCGGUAUGAUCAUCAUCAGCGAGGAUUCUUUGAGACAUUUAGUCCGCAACAUUCCAUCAAAUUAAGUAGUGCUGGAUUAAUAUACAAACAUUUUGGCAAGGAAAUAAUUGGAACACGGUUAAACUUAAAUCCCGCAGACCCAAAACUAGAACUUUUAUAUCAAAAAGCCUAUGAAGAUCUUAUAGAAGGAUUAGAUGCGCAAGAUAAUGGAAUUAAUCGAUACCCGGAGGAAUGUCAAGCAAAAUAUAAAGAUUUGACUAAUCUACCACAACAAGUUGCGAGAUUGAAUCCAUGGUGGAAUACUGAGAAUCCUGACAUUGAUGGUCAAUUCUAUAAGGCCGUAGAAUUAACCGGCUCAGAAUUUUACAAUCUUAUAGAUUAUUUAGGGCUUGCCUGGCUUCCAGCACGUGAGAUAGUGAUGAAAGCAUUCGAGAAGAGAUUCGAGAUUGAUAAAAGUGGUAGGAUAUUAGUAUUGGAUAUGUUUUGUCCUUGGAAGGCGCAUUUACUUGAUCUUGAAAAAGAAAAGAAUAUUGCAAAUGAUGAGAACAUACUUUAUGUAUUGUAUCCUGAUGAUUCGGAAAAUUGGCGAGUACAAUGCGUUCCUGUUACUUUAGAAGCUUUUAACUCUAGAAAACCGUUACCUGAAGAGUGGCUUGGAUUAAGAGACGCCGAGUUAUCAGAAAAAGCGAAGAUCGAGGAAUGUAUUUUCGUUCAUAUGUCAGGAUUUAUUGGAGGUAACAAAACGAAGGAUGGCGCUUUGGAGAUGGCCAAAAAAGCAUUAAAGUCGUAA